CUUUCCGCUUCCGUCGCGGCCGCCAAACCUUCCUUCGGCUCAGCCUCCCCUUUUGCCCCGCUCUUCCCCCUCCGUCUCCCACCGGGCCGCGGGUGCCCGAGCCGAGCGGGAGGAGCCUCAGGGAGGCCGCGGCGGGGCGGACAAGAUGGAGGUAAAAGAUGCAAAUGCUGCCUUGCUGAGUAACUUUGAGGUGUUCCAGUUACUCACUGAUCUUAAGCAGCAGCGCAAAGAGAGUGGGAAAAACAAGCAGAGCUCUGGCCAGCAGAACCUGAACACAAUCAUGUAUGAGACACUGAAGUACAUUUCAAAAACACCCUGUAGGUACCAGAGCCCCGAGACUGUGAGAGAAUUCCUCAUUGCAAUGAAAGGCCAUAAGCUGACCAAGGCAGAAAAGCUCCAGCUGCUGAACCACAGGCCUGUGACGGCAGUUGAAAUCCAGCUGAUGGUAGAAGAAAGCGAGGAAAGGCUCACAGAGGAGCAGAUCGAGUCACUUCUCCAGACAGUCACGAGUAUUCUUCCAGGGGAUCCGGAAGAACAACAGAGAGACUCAGCAAUGGCAGUGGAAGACAAAGGUGACCAAGCAUAGGAGGCUCCUAGACCAAAGCUGGCAGCAGUUUCAGAAGAGAAUCAGCUAAUAUUUUUCUGUUUUUAACUUGAUACCGGUUUAAUCCUGUACUGGACAUAAUUGUAAAAUAUAUUACCAUUUUUAUUACUUGGAGGAGGUGGUGAGGGAACCAAUUGUUUACAAGAAAGCACAGAAAAGGACACUAUUGUUUUGGUGUUUUGUCAUCAACAGGGAUGGCAGUAACUGAGCCUGUAAUGGAGCAGCCUGAGAAGGCAUGGGGCACAGGAUCUGAAGCUUUUGUAAUUUUUCAUUACCCAUGUAACAGCUGUACAUUUGAAUAGGCCCAUGUACAGCUGGCAAUGUUUGAAUUAUCACAGCAGUGCUAUAAUGGUAAUUGCUUUCAUAAGCUUUGGAAUUGCCCAACUGCCUUUCAGAGUAGGGGCUGCAAUGCAAAGCCAGCUUCUGGGGCUGUUUGGUGAGCAAAACAGAGGGAGGUACAAGAGCUGCCUGGGGUCUGGCCAGGCACUUCCAAGGAGGCUUUUGGCAUCACAGAAGUGAAAGGAUCUGUUCUCAAGGGUGUCUGGCAGUCCCUCCUCAAUAACAGAGAGAUCCAGAUCACCAGCUAACUCAGCAAAUUGCCUCUGAAGCCAGGGAGUUGGGCCAGUUUACAGCAGAGAGGCUCUGGACUCAAAUCUUAAAGCUCUGACUAACAAACAGCAGAAUAUUGAGGGGUGAGGUGUGUAUUUGCCCUUUGAACAUUAAUUCCAAUAUUUAUACACAGACCAGUCAGUCCUGUGGACGUGCUGUUGGUGGUGGAAUAAAUGAGUCAACACCGAGGUCCUGAUCUGGUUUAGGAGAAUGAGAGUCUGUCCUGGAUGAGGCAGAAUUUUCUGUGUGCUGAGCUUUUGUCUGGUUAAGGACUUCAGGAUCAAGUGUUUAAUGUUGAAAGCCUUGAUGAUUAUAAUAAAUCAUUUGUGUGUGAGUAUAUAUACACACAUAAAGUCAGGAGCUACCAUGGCACUGCUUUAUGUUAUGGCUGCAGACCAUUCUUUUGUAAUUAUUAUAAGGUACUGGAAAUAGAAGUAAAAUUUUAAGUACAUCCUGGGAAUUUUGUGAAUUGCAGACAAGAUAUUAAGACCUCAAAUCAGACAUCUGACUUUUUUCCCUCCUCAGGUCUAUCAUGGCUUUAUUUUGUGUUUUUAUGCAAAGAAUUUACGCUUUCUGAGCUUUAGUUGUGCUGUAUAUGGAAGGGACUGAUAAAGUCCCGUGUCUGGGGGAUUUGUGAUAUGUGUUUCCGUGGUAUUUAAGCUUCUUUGAUGUUUGGAGAGGAAAGAAAAUUAUUGGAAAAUGUAUUUGUUGCCUCUAAAAGAUAAUUUAUCUUAUAUUAAAUGCUUUCCAAGGCUGGAGACUAAAGGUA